UACACACACGCACACAUACACACAUUAAUCGGCAUCCUCAACACAGACUGAGACGCCCUUGGACUGCUGCAGGCGAGGAUGAGGGUGUGGUCAUGGGAACAGUGUGGGGAGACAGGCGUGGUUCUGCUGGGCUUCCUGACGCUGACGAUGUGUUUGGGAAACCUGUCCACCAGGGGGCUGCAGGAGGACGGAGUGGCCUCCAACAGUCUGGAGGAGCAGCUCGAGGUGACCACAUACUGGUGGGGGGAAUGGGCCAAGUGGACAGCAUGCACUCGUACCUGUGGAGGAGGAGUGAUGUCACAGGAGCGUCACUGCCUCAAACAGAGAAAGAAAGCUGCUGCUGGGAAGGACAACAUGACCUGUACGGGAACUGCUAAGAAAUAUCAUCUCUGCAACACCAAAGAAUGUCCUCCCACUGGGAGGAGCUUCAGAGAGGAGCAAUGUUGGUCCUUUAACUCACAACGUUAUAAUGGGAGGAACUAUCAGUGGAAACCUCUAUAUCCCGAUGACUACGUUCAUAUCUCCAGCAAUCCCUGUGACCUCCACUGCACCACGACCGACGGCCAGAGGCAGCUGAUGGUGAUGGCACGAGACGGCACGUCCUGCAAGUACAGCAGCUACCGCGGCGUCUGCGUGGACGGUAAGUGUGAGCCAAUUGGAUGUGAUGGGGUACUGUUCUCCUCCAACACUUUGGAUAAGUGUGGUGUCUGUCAGGGUGACGGCAGCAGCUGCAGCCGAGUCACGGGAAACUUCCGUCGAGGACCCUCGACUCUGGGUUACUCUUUUAUAACUCAAAUCCCUGAAGGCUCCUGGGACAUACAGAUCAUCGAGAGGAAGAAAUUGGCUGAUGUUCUCGCUGUGACUGAUCAGGCAGGAAACUUCUUCUUUAACGGUGACUACAAGGUGGACAGUCCACAGAAUUUCCAUGCAGCAGGCACCGUCUUUAAAUACCGCCGACCUAUGGACGUGUAUGAGACUGGUAUCGAGUACAUUGUUGCCAAAGGCCCCAUUGACCAACCCAUCAAUAUUCUGGUGUGGAACCAAAAUGGCCGCACACCUUACAUCACCUACGAAUACACAGUCCUCCGAGACUCCCUGCCACCCGUUCCUCCUCCUCCGGUCUACACCGGGUCAGACACCUCAGCUGGAGAGGUGUCUGUAGAAGUGAGUGGUCUACUGACCCCCAAUGGCAGCAUCUGUGACCAGGUGGCUCCUGGGGGCCAGGUGGAGACAGAAGGUACAGAUGGGCAGAAGGGCAAAGAGACCAACGAGGUGUAUGAGGAGACAGCAGCCAUCGACUGUGAAGAUGGAGUAGCUGCCCCAAAGUUUACAGGUAACAGCAGCCAAAUAGACAGCACUGCCAAACCUGUUACUGAUGGUGCGGGCCUGGAUACACCACCCGAUUCCCCAAACCUCAUCUGGAGGGUCCUGAUGGACGGCCGAAUUGGUGCAGAUGAGUUACUUAUCAACAUUUCGACCAACCAGCUGCUGACCGAGGGAGACAGUUUGUUCUCUUCUGAGGUGGGACCAGCAGAAGUGGGUCUGAGCAGCCUGGAGCGAGAUGAUCUAAACGAUACACUCGAGUUUACUCUGGGCCAGAAACGCAACGACAGCGGAGACAGCCAGAACAGGACGGUGCCGAGCGGCGGGAGGACUUCCAACCGCUCCAACAGAACCAGGGGGAAUCAGCGGCUCUACCAGAAGAACCUGAAGCUGAGUCCUGCUGACUUGUACCGCUGGAAACUUUCAUCACAGGAGCCGUGCAGCAUGACCUGCUCCAUAGGAGUCUCCAGGUCCUUUGUCACAUGUGUUCGUUACGAUGGCGUGGAAGUACACGAUAUGUAUUGCGACGCUCUGACCAGACCAGAGCCGGUCCAUGACUUCUGCAUUGGCCGAGAAUGUCAGCCCAGGUGGGAGGCGAGCAGUUGGAGCGAGUGCUCCAGGACCUGCGGGGAAGGUUUCCAGUUUCGUCAGGUGCGCUGCUGGAAGAUGCUCUCGCCGGGUUUGGACAGCUCGGUCUACAGUGACCUCUGCACCAUGGCUGACCUGGAGAGACCCGUGGAGAGAAGACCCUGCAAGAGCCCCGCGUGCGGCCCACAGUGGGAGGUGGCCGAGUGGAUGGAGUGUCCUGCUAAAUGUGGCCGCAAAGCUCAGGUAACCCGCGAUGUGCGCUGCUCUGAUGAGACCAGACCAUGUGACCCGUUGACCAAACCGCCGAACGUCAAAAACUGUACCGGUCCUCCCUGCGAACGCCACUGGACUGUGUCCGAGUGGGGACCCUGCUCGGGGUCGUGCGGCCAGGGGAAGAUGGUGCGUCAUGUGUACUGUAAGGCUCCGGAGGGUCGCGUGGUUCCCGAGAACCAGUGCUCAGCAGAGAACAAGCCCUUAGCCAUUCACCCCUGUGGAGACAGAGACUGCGCUCCGCACUGGCUGAGUCAAGACUGGGAGAGGUGCAACACAACCUGUGGUCGUGGUGUGAAACGGAGGAUCGUUCAAUGCGUCGGCAUCAGCGGAGGAAAGUUCCAGAUCUUCGAUGAGGAGGCAUGUGUGGGGAACGAGAAGCCUGAAGAAGAGAACACCUGCUUCGAGAGGCCAUGCUUCAAAUGGUACACCACCCCCUGGUCUGAGUGCACCAAGACAUGUGGCAUCGGUGUGAGGAUGAGGGACGUGAAGUGUUACCAGGGCAGGGAGCUGGUCCGAGGUUGUGACCCCCUCACCAAACCAGUGGCCAAACAGACCUGCACUCUGCAGCCGUGCCCCACUGAGCCUCCAGAUGAGAGCUGUCAGGAUCGGCCCUCCACCAACUGCCUGCUAGCUCUUAAGGUCAACCUGUGUAGCCACUGGUACUACAGCAAGGCCUGCUGCCACUCCUGCCGCUCCGUUCGACCUCCAGCCUCCUAGUCGAGGACGCCGCAGCCUCUCUCCACCUUGACUCUCAACUCCGGCAUGAGGAAAUACAUUCAGCUGUACAGCAGUUACUGUGAAUAAUGAGGGAAAGAUAAAUGUCAGUCAGCCUUUUUUAAAAAGACGAAGUUCCUCAGAUAACUUGGAUUUAGAUGGGUCAGUUUAAAUGAUCUCAAAUGAAGUCCUGUCAGUUCCUGUUGAUGUUACAACAUCAGCUGCAGUGUUCUCACACAAAAUUAGACAAAAGAAAUGUACACUUUGGGAGGCACUUUGAAAUUAAUGAGGACGAGUAAACAAACGUCUCUUUUUUCUGCUUCGAUGCUACAAAAAGAUUUU